AUGGUCCAACUAUAUAAUGGGGUACCCUGUCAAAGCGACCAGUCUUGUCAGCGAUUAUCGACCGGAUUCUUCUGCUAUCAAGGACGGUGUUGUUCCAACUCUGUGUGUAAGUUCCAAAUAUAUUAGCUAAUACGAUUUCACCAUUUGUUACCGCCGGUCUUUCUGAAUUAACUUUCCAGCCUUACCUUCGGGCUAUGGCUCCUCCUGUUCAACCACAAAUCAAUGUGCAUUCGCCUUUGCACAGUGCACGGGGAACGUGUGUUACUGUCAGUUUGGAUACAAUUUUAACGGGCAGACUUGUCAAUUGGCCAAUGGAUUUCAACGAGACGACAACAGUAAGUGAAUCGAAGCAAUGAGUACUCAAAUUAUAAGCGAUCAACGGGUUCUGCCAGCCAAACGAAGUCUUGAUCAACAACAUCUGCUACGAAUUGAAGUCCUAUUUCGGAAGCUGUGAUUUCAACGAACAGUGUUCAUUCCCGGGAGGAAUCUGUGAACAACGGCAGUGCAGAUGUUCGUAUGGCCAGAUAUUCAACGGAUUCCAGUGUGUUCAAGACCAAGCCAUUCCUGUCCCAAGUAAGUUGCUGCCGUGUAAAAAAAGAUGACAUUAUUUAGCGACUUGUCCGGUCAAUCAAGUCUUGAUCAACAACCAAUGCCUUCCAAGGGCAGGGCUUGGAGAGAAAUGCAUGUACGAUGAGCAAUGCAGAUCGAACAAUCUCAUGGACAGUGGGUUCAGAUGCACGAACGGAAUCUGUGUCAGGAAUAAUGGAUGGACUCCGAGACCGAGAACAGGUGAGCAACAACUGCAGCAACAAAUCUAACCUAUUUCCCAGCACAAUGCCGGAAUCCCUCAGCCGUGGUAGAGAUGAGUGGGUUGACCGCCAAGAAUUGCAUCUCCCAGACUUGUUCAAGUGGAUACCAUUGUGAAUACAGCCCCACCAUUUUACAAUACAUCUGCUGUGGACCUGUGAAUGGAGAAUUCGGGGAUAUAAAGAUGUACCCAGGACACAGCAACCUUCCUUUGCAAUGCUCCGGGAUUAACAGCUGUACUUUUGUGGACUUCCCUUACUGCGUGUAUUCCCAGAGUUACAGACAUAAUGUUUGCUGUUCAAAGCCUGAGUGCAUUUGA